AUCGAAAAACAAGUAAUUUUUGCAAGUUUGGUUCAUAAUUAUCAAGAACUUUAUGAAACACCAUUUUUCAAUGAAAUUGUUGAUAUGCCUCCUAUGAGUCAACUUCAAGAAGUUUUAGUUCAAAACAUUAUCACUAAAUUUUUAAAAUACUUUAAGGAACAAGCAAGACAUAUCAUAUUAUUCGAAAUGAUAAGUCAAGUAAUAGAUGAUUUUGUAUAUUGUUUAUUCAGUGCUAAAUCAAUAAGAAAUAAAAAGAAAGAAGAAUUAUAUUUAUCGUUAGAAACUGAAGAAAAAAGUUUGUCUAUAAUAAGCGAAUUAUUAGAAGCAUUAGACAUUCACCAUCAAAUUCUUAUUUUCACAAAUAAAUUUAUUCAACCAAGAGUUAAUGUUUCAUCAAAUAUAUCAUUUGUAUAUUGCAUUAAUAUUAAUGUAUUUGAUUGCAUUGACUCUACUUGUAAUAGUAAUUUUUCUUUUUAUUGGGACUUAUUAAAUACUUGUCAAAUGAAAAUCAAAGAAAGUCAACUUCCUUUUGAAGAUAUAGAAAUUAGAUUUUUCAAUGAUGAAAAUUUAAGUCUCAUUGAUAACAUCGUUUCAAUACUAAAGAAACAGCCUAGUCUUUCACCAGAAGAAAAACUAUUCAUUUUAAUUUCUGAAAAAUUAACAUUUCUUAAGAAACUAUCAACAAUUUCUACUGCAACCUGUUUUACAGAUGUAUGUUCUAUUGUGAACAACUCAUUGUUCCAAAUUGAAGUAACUCAUUACAUCCAAGGACUACCCUUUAUUGCACAAACUGCAUUAUCUAAUCUAAUCAAUAGUUUAAAACUAAUGUUUUGUCGUUAUUUAAAACUUGAAAAUCCCUUAGUUGCACUUAUUAAUAAAACUCAAAAUAAAAAUUUCAGUUUGUUCUCCUCUUCUAUUCAUAAUCAAUGUAGCGGAGUUUUAGAAUCAAAACUCACUUCUCAUUACUAUUUGGCAGAUUCAUUUAAUCAUAACUCUGAUAUAGAAACUGAUAUUCAAUGGAUUUCACAUAUUCAUUCAACAGAAGAUAUAAUAAAAAAUUUUUGGUUAGUAAGAAGAAAUAGUGCUUUGUUGAUUGAUAUAUUACAACUUUCAGAAAAAGGUAAACCCAAAUCUGAUGAAAUGACUAGUGAAAAUGAACAAGAAAAUGAAGAGUUAGAUCUUAUGAAAAGUGAAGAAAGUGUUAUCCCAGAUAUCUCAAAUUCAAUUAACUAUAAAAAUUCAAUCACUAAAGUCGCUUCAAUCACUAAUCAUCAAAAUCUAUCUAAGAAUAACAAAAACGAAAAAUUAAAAAUAACUGAUUUUCCAAAACAAAAUGACUCAACAGAUAAAAUCGCAACUAAUCCAGAAGUAAAAGACAGUGAUGUUCUAUCUAACCAAAUCAAUAACAAAAAUAAUCAAAUUUUGACAUCUUUAAAAGUGGAAAAUGUUUCAUUACAAGAACUUCAAAAAUUAAAUCUCUCUCAAAAGGAAUAUCAAAGUCAAAAUUCUACUAACUCCGAAUUUAUACAAUACAUAUCAAUUAUUCAAGAAGAGGCAUCAUCUGUUAGUAUCCCUACAUUUUAUUUAAUGGAUUAUUCAAGCACAUAUAACUCUUAUUUACUUUUUAUAAGUUAUUAUACAAAAAAAGGAAAUUUAAGACAAUUGUUUAUUGAACAAAUUAAGUCAAUUGAUAAUAUUGAUAAAAAAGUUUUUGACUAUAUUCACUGUUAUACAAAAAAACCAACUAUUGUCUCUUUAUCAUCUACUAAUUGUUUUUACCCAAAACAUAUUAAUAAUACAAUUUUUAUUCCUUCUAAAUCAGUAAUUACAAUAGUAGAUUGUCAAUGUGAAAUAACAUUUAAUUCAGUCAAAGCAUUGAUCAAAGAAUUAAGUCUAAAAGAAGAAACCAAAGGUUUUAUUUCCUCUGUAUUAAUUCAAUUUGCUAAAACGCCAAAGUCAUCUUUUAUUGAUGGGAUAAAAAUAAUAAAAAACCAUUUAUUACCAAUAGCAAAAUUUUUUGAUGAAAAAUACAAGUCAAUUAUCUGUGAAUUAUAUUUUGAAUUACAUCCAAUUUUCAAUAAAUCAUGUGCUUUAAAUAAAGUAAAAUCUCUUGGAGAAUUAACAGACAUGUUAGCAGAUAUUGUAGAAUGCUGUGAUAAUUCAAAACCAAAUACUAAUUUACAUUCGACUAAAUAUGAAGAAAUUCUCAAAGAAACCCAAGAAGCAAAAAGUCUUAUUAAGAACAUCAUAUCAAAAUACUAUAAACCAACAACACCAACGCUAUUGGCAAGAGCAACAUUUUUUGAACCAAUGUAUAAAAAAAUGAGAUUGUUUUCACAAGAAGCCAUCAACACAAUUUUAAAUAAUUUAAAAGAGCAUUGUGGAAAAGAAGUCAAUGAAUAUUUAAAAGAACCAUCUCCAUCUUCUAAGGACUGUCAUUGUUGGUGGAUAAAUCACAGAUCUCAGUAUCCAAAAUUAUAUGAAGAAUCAAGACAAACAGAAAGUAUUAUUUUUGGUCAAAUUUUUGAAAAAAAUACAGAUGAUAUUAUGUUUGGAAACGUUGAUGAUGAAAAUAAUACAUAUCCUGUAAUCUUUAACUUGUUAAAUUCAUCGUUUAUUUCCGAAAAAAGAAACGAAAUUAAAACAAUUCAAAACCAAACAAGAAAAAUCCUAAACGAUGAUGGGGAGAAUAGCCUUGAUGAAUGGACUUCUCGAAUUGACUUUUCAUUUCUUGAACAUCAAAAGAAACAAAAUUCAACAACUAAACAACAAGAAAUGAGUCAGAAUGAUGGAUCGACACAAUUAAUGAGUAGUAGUUCUUCUGAAGUGGAUGGACCAGAAGAAGAAAAAAUUUUAGAAAAGAACAUCCAAGAAGCAAGGGUAUUAAAUGAAAAAAAUCGAGCAGCUAAAUCACCUGUUAUUGUGAUUGAUGUUGAUGAGCCAAAACUUUAG